AGAAUUAGUUUAUUUUUGUUUUUAAGUCUCUUUAAGCUGUCACCAAUAAUAGAUACCAAAUUAAAUCCCCAUAAGUCCAUAAGAUUAUUUAGUAUGCGUGGAAUACUAAAUAAUUCCCCAGUGGGUGUGGAUGCGUGGCAUACCCAAUUAAAUUUCCCGUGAACUCAUAGUCAAGAAAUGCACCAACUCAUUAUGCAUGCAUAUACACUCUGUUAGAAAUCUCUAAUAGAAUUCUAUUUCUACUGCUUACAAUUAGUAUUAAAAUUAUGCGUUAUGGUAAGACUUUACUACCGAUAUAGUAAAGCUAUUACCGCACAGUAUUACUUAUCAAUACCACUUUCGUAGUCAUUUCUGAAUACCGCAUGGUACUAUUUUUAUACUGGAUUUCUAAAAGUGCAUACAUACAGAUCUUGCAUGUUUCCAUUGUGCUUGUUCCUAAUAGAAACGUAGAUUUAUUAUAAUUAAUGCAGAACCAUUAUAAUUAACGUGUGUAACUGGUUGCAGGUGCCACCAAGAAAAGUCUUUCAUUUCUUAUCCGAUUUCGUUCGGGUUUGUUUUAAAUGACACGUUAUAGAUUUCCGCACAUUAAAACAUGGACGAGUCAUGACCUUUGCACGACCUGACGGGCAUCAUCUUCUCAGCAAGCUUCACUGCACAUCUUGUUUGACCAAAGACGACAGAACAAGGCAGCUAAUCAACUUUGGUUCCGCAGCUAACCUACGCUACGCCUAAUUGAAAUUUCUACACUCUCAUGCUAGCACAGAGGGAAGGGAAGAGACCUUAUUGUAAAAGUUGUGCUCAUUGUUUGGUUCAAUGUGAGACGCCUCCGCAGCAGUGACAAGUCUCAGGAUUACGCCUCAUCUCUCAAGUCUCAACAACUUUCUUCCUUUUACAGAGAAUAAUACCUCAUGUGUCUUUUUUUCCUGUGGAUUUCCAAUUUGCUCUCUCAAUACGGGAAUCGGUGAGGAGAUGAUGUGAAAAAGGAAGCAGCAGAGCAGCCAAAAAUUGGAGAAAGGAGAAAAGAAAGUAAAGCAAGCCAACAGUCCGACUAAGUGAAUUGCUCUGUUAUUAUUAGGUUGACAACAAACUGGUGGGUAAAAGAAUUGUCGUUAGAGAGUCACCAAAUAGAACAAGCAUUACUUAGCCGCAGCAACACCAGAAGAUUUAAGAAACAUAAUUUUUUUGUCGCCAAAUGGGGAAUGCCAUCGUGAGACAGGAGUCGGAGUCGAGUGACCACCCACCUCCGCACUCGACGCCCCACCACCCGCCCUCCCUUCCACCCAGAAAACAUUCUACCGUGAGCAGCCAGGCGAGGCUGCUCCUUUGUGGCCCCCCUCCCGUCGAGUGGCUCACGGAGGAGCAAAAAAUCUUCAUCAGGACCAGCUGGAAACUUAUCGAAGCUGACAUAAGCCGCGUUGGGGUCAUCACAUUCGUCUCACUGUUUGAAACACACCCUGAUGUCAAGGAGGUGUUUUUACCGUUCAAUGGAAUCAAACAUGAGGAACUCCAGCACAGCAAACAAUUACGCGCUCACGCUUUAAGGGUCAUGGCAUUCGUGCAGAAGGCCGUGGCACGUCUGGAUGAAAAAGAAAAAUUGGACAAGCUGCUUGAGGAAUUAGGGAAAGCUCAUUUUUACUACGGCGCUCCAAAAAAAUAUAUCGAUCACGUUGGCCCCCAAUUUAUAAAAGCGAUCGAGCCAGUUUUGUCAGAAAUUUGGUCGAGCGACCUUAAGGAUUCCUGGAUGCAACUGUUCGCGUACAUUACCCAUCACAUGAGAACAGCCAUCACGUUGGCUGAAAAGGCCAAGCGUGGAUCAAAAUAGGUACAAAAGUCGGCAGAAGGAAAAGGAAUCCAAAGAAAGUCAUCUAUCCGUAUGUAAUAAUAAUUCGUACAAACAUCAGGAUUGGAUUUAUACAUGAUUGAGAGCUUUCCUCCACCUCGUCGAGAUGAAUAUUUUGUUAUUCUACAUGGGAAUUUUACGCUGAGUUGUUUCCCUACAACAGAAGACCACCAAAUCCAACACAGGGCAGAGUAUAUGUAAUUUAUGUAAUAUUUCUUAAGAAUAUCAUUGCUUAUUUAUUUUCAAAAUUGUUAACAUGAACAGUGGAAAUUGAUUGGAUAUGAUAUCAUUAUACAAUUAUCAGUGGCAAUGGUUAGGUUAAGAUUAGUAGAUUAUUAUAUAUCCUUGUUAACAAAUGUCGUUCAGUAAAAUCUGUAAUUUUAAGGUGAGUUUUGGGAGUGUACAUAAUACAUAUUAUAAUUUUAUAGAGUUGUGAUAUGAUAAAAAAAACAUGCUUUUUAUUAAGGUCUCAUUCGAGUAAAUCCAUUUCAGGAUUGAACAGUUUCACCAUGCCAUUUGAACCCCGAUGUUGUAAAAGUUUUGCAAACUCAGCAAUCCAAUUGGAGCAUUACAAGUACGUUCAGUGAGCCGGAAAGUUUUUGGUCGUUUAUGAAGAUAUACACAGAAUUUUAUCCCUAGCUUGCAAAAAGUGUCGUCGCAUCUAGAAAAUAAUCAUGCACUCUUAUAUAUGGGUAUAUACAUAUAUAUAUUAUUAUAGAGUAUGUGUAACUAACUGGUUCCGCUUAAAUGGUUAAAUUUUGAAAUAACAUAGUUGCAACGUAUCUUAUUUACCAGUUGGUGGAUCAUAUUUGCAUAGAUAUAUGUGUGCGUUAAUAAAAGCUCAUCAUUUGCGAUGAAUGUAAUAAAAACUUGAAAGGACCAUUAUUAUUCACCGAAAAAAGUAAAUUCUCUCAACUUGAACAAUUCUACAGAGGAUCGGAGCAUUGUCGAAAUUUACCACAUUUGAAUCCAUCGAUUCCAUUCAAUUUCCAAACUAAUUAAAACUUUUGUGGCACAACCAAACGAUGCCAGGCUUGAGUCGCUUCUCGAGAUGAAAAUCUACUACUGCUUAUCUCUCGCUGGUUGUUAUAAGUUUCAAUUACUACAAAACUACUUGUUUAGUAAACCGUUUUGUUAUUGGGAUGAAUGCUUCUGGUUCGCAAAUUGCGAAUCGCAAUCCAUAUCUUCCUUACUUUGAAUAUUGGUGAUGUGGCUUAUUAUUGUGUAUCUUGUCCCACGACAAGCAUACAUGUAUUCAGUUCCAUUUACUAUACAAUGCAAAUAAUUGUAUUUGAACACUUUACAUGUUAUUUGUAAAAGUAAAAUCUUACAUUACAGUUAAUGGCAAAGUUGAGAUUCCUCUGUUAACUGAGAGGGAAUAAGAGUAAGAAGGGUAAUGACCUUGCUUCUUGUU